GCAAAGCCUACAGAAGCAGCCAAUCAUAUGAUAUAAAAAAUGGGAAUGAACAAGGGAAUGAACUUAGGAGAAGCCCCCUCCUUCACCUAACAAGCCCAUUAAAAAAACACAGUCCCGGUGAAAACAAGAAAAGCAGCAUCCCAUCCCUUUUAAGGAAAGCUGGCUGACAAGGAGCAAGCCCAGUGUACACCAGAAGCAAGCCCAAGUGGGGCUUGAAAGAUCAUCUGAGACAUACAAAAUGAUGACCAACAAAAUUUCACCUGAUGUGAAUAUAAAUACAGAAAGGUUUAGGUUGAUUUUAGGAAAACAUUUAAGCUCGUAUCCUGUUAGCAAAGCAGAAUAUAAACAUUGUUUUAUGAAGAAGGCAGAGCACAACCAGUGGCUCUGAGCAACCUGAUGUUAGGUUUUGCCCUGCAUGACAUCAUCCAGUAGCUUUACUGAUGGAGGUACUGAAAGGUCCUUCCAAGUGCCACUUCAUGGAGGUGACUGUGACAUCAUAGAGUGGCUAGUGUUGGUGUGCCAGGGCAACCAUGGGCAUGCCACCUGCCACCAUGUAUGGUGCACACCAGCACCACCUCAUGCAGCUUCCCCCAGCUCUCCCACCAUGGAUGAGGCUGGGGUGCUUGGAAAGAAAGGCUAUAGCCUGAGCAACACGCUAGGAGAAGGCACUUACAGCAAAGUGAAAUCUGCCUACAGCGACCGGCUGAAAUGCAAUGUGGCCAUCAAGGUAAUCAACAAGAGGAAGACUUCUCAGAAGUUCCGGGAAAGAUUUCUCCCCAGGGAAGUGGAGGCUUUGAGAUGUUUGCACCACCCCUCAAUUAUCAAAACCUAUGAGAUUUUUGAGACAUCAUCUGCCAAAGUGUACAUCGUGAUGGAGCUGGCAGAAAAGGGAGACCUCCUGCACUACAUCAAGCUCAUGGGAGCUAUGAAGGAGGACAUGGCUCGCAUCAGGUUUCAGCAGCUGGCCUCUGCCAUAGAGCACUGCCACAACUCUGACUUUGCUCACAGGGACCUGAAAUGCGAGAACAUCCUUCUCGACGCAGACCUCAAUGUCAAGCUGUCAGACUUUGGCUUUUCCAAAUCCUUGUCUUGGGAUAAAAAUGGAACACUUAUUCUCAGUGAAACCUUCUGUGGAACUGCUGCGUAUGCAGCCCCGGAAGUGCUACAGUGCAUUCCCUACGACCCCAGGAUUUCAGACAUAUGGAGCCUUGGUGUCAUCCUUUAUAUAAUGCUCUAUGCUGCAAUGCCAUUCAAUCAUCCCAAUGUCAAGAAACUGGUCCGUAUUCAGAAAAAACACAAGGUUCCUUUCCCUGACUCAAAAUACCUGAGUGGAGAGUGCAAGGAUCUCAUCUGCCGACUGCUGCAGCCCAAUGCAUCUCAGAGGUUGUGCAUAGAUGAAGUUUUGAAACACUCAUGGUUGCAGACUCCAAAAGCCACAGUCCCUUCCCUUCUGCCAGCUGCAGAAGAGGGUGAGUGUUCCCAAAACCUGUGUGAAGGAAAGCUUGAGCACAACCAGCAAGGCACAUCCCAUUCUGUACAAAGGGAAGGAGAGCAGAAGGAAAUGGAUCCUCUUACAUAUGGCUGGUUUUAACAGUAUCAUGAAGUUGGCCUAACUUGUGAGCUGCUGGUUCUCAACCACAGCUUCUCUGUACCCUUUCUACAGUAGUCCUUUUUUUAUUGCGUUAUAGCUACGGUUUCAUUAAAGCUGUUGUAAUUUCUUUCCCAUUCUCUCUCCUUUUCUUUCCUUUUGG